AUGGCCACGCCGGCUGAUUCCUCCGACACCCUCAUCACCCCGUCUCCUGCCCACCACCACCACCACCGACCGUCCUCACCAAGGGCCAUGACAACCGAUGUCGAACUCUCCGUUCUCGAGUCCCCGCCCGUCGUCCCCAAACUCCUCCGCGAAGCCAGCGAUAUCACAUGGCAGGAAACCUUCGAGUCCACAAAAGACCAGGUUACUUUGGUCCGUCGGCGGGGCAUAUUCCGGCUGCAUCAUCAGCAACAGUUUAAAAAUAGUCUGUUGGCAAGUGUUGGCUACCUGGAGCUGGCCAAUGCCGGUGACUUUGCAGCCAACGUCUGGAAUGAAAUUCCUGUCCCGCGGUUUGCCGCAGUGCUCAUGGGCAUUGGUGGUACAUUGGCUUUGGCGAUGGUGCUGGUUGCGGUGCAGGACUUUCGGUUGAGCUGGAAGAACGUGAAGCUGCUACGAGCCGAGAGGACCCAUUUACAACGCCUGCGCCAGUAUCAUGACAAGAAUGUGGAACUGGCCCGACUGAUUGAUAGUCGGCUCGGGGUCAGUGUGCGCGAGCUGGGGACAGAAAUUGUGGACCGCAUUGUCAUGGACUUGCUGCUGGGCUUCGGGUCGAUUCUCGUCGGAGUAGGGACGUUGAUGGCGAUUGGCGGUGCCAAUCCCCGAGUCUUCAAGGCGAGCAACUUGCUUUCGGGGUACAUUGGUAAUGGCCUGGCUGCGUUGUUUGGACUGGCCAACGCCGCUUGGUCAGUCUGCUUGAUCUAUCGAUUCUGGUCGCACGAUGCCGCGGUUACUGCACGGGAGCCGAGCGACGACAUCCGGCGCCGGCUGCACGUGCGAUUCCGUCGCUUCCAGUGGCACGCCGUCGCCAAUGGCUUGAAUGGACUCGUGGCCGGUGCCGCCUCAAUGGUGACUGCCGAGCGCUGGUGGGGCUACGUCGUGCUCAUCCCAUGUAUUAUCUCGCUGAUCCUGUGCAACUAUUUCUGGCGCAAGAAGUUGGGCUACGACCGACCGCUGCUUAGCGAUAUCUCCCCGGCAAACGUGCAGUUAACGCCCAUCCUCGAGGACCUGGAGUAUGUGAUUGCGAUACAGCGCGGUCUAGCGGACCCGGACGCAUGCCUUCCGACCACGAUCCUCCAACUCGACUCGUUCGAGUCGAGUCUCAAUUUCAUCGUCCACAACCGCAUUCUCGAUGCCUACUGUGAAAGUCUCGCCCGCGACAAAAAGACCAGGCAUCUCCUCUCUGACAUGUCAACCCAAUCGAGCAUCCCUGAUCAAAUCACCCUCACCCCCGAGAUCAUCCUCCGACUCUCUGCAUCCUCCCGAUCAAAUCACACAUGCCUCUUGAACCACGCCCAGAGGUUCCUGAAAAAGACGGGAGUCCGUCUCUUAAUCGACCGCGAGCGACAUCUGCUUGAGCUUUGGGGAUUUGCCGUCUGGCAGGAUCAGACGACCACCCGGACAGAUACACCGGGAAGUAACAAAUAG